AUGGAAGAAUGUUUUCAAAAAAGAUUUGAAUUGCGAAAAUAUAGAUUGUUUCGCAAAUUGAACAAAAUGAAGGCGAUAGCAGUAUUCUGUUUGGUGGCAAUGUUCUGCAGCGUCCUCGCCAAGAGCAAGAAGGAUGACAAUAAAGUGAAGAUUGCAGUAUACUACGAGUCCUUAUGUCCAGACAGCAAGGCCUUCAUUGUUCAGCAGCUGGCGCCAGUGUGGAGGGACUUCCGAGGAGUUAUCAAGGUGAAAUUGGUGCCCUAUGGCAAAGCCACGCACGACAAAGUCGAUGGCAAAUGGCAGUUCAAUUGUCACCAUGGUGCUGAUGAAUGCUACGGAAACAAGAUCCAGUCAUGCAUACUGAAGGACCGCGCCUUCCUGGACACGGAGAAGAUGGAGGCGGUCAUCUGUCUCAUGAGUCAGACCAACCCUGACAAGUCUUUAGACACGUGCCUAACCCAAGUGAACAAAAUAUCGGAGUCCUCUAAAAUCAAGAAAUGUGCGUCAGGUGACCAGGGCAGCGAUCUCCUCGCGGCGUACGGCAAUAAGACCGACCAAGUCAGCAGACCGCUGUCAUUCGUACCAACUAUUAUUAUUAAUGAGAAAUUCGACCAAACUACUCAAGACGAGGCGUUCUCUAACUUAAAGAGUGUCGUCUGUCGCGUCGCAGCCAAGAAGCCUUCAAACUGCUAA